UGGGCGCAUCGGCUGUGCCGCGCCCAAGGACUCCGCCGGAGGUGCCAGGUGUCCUGGGAGGGGGGCAGGCGCCCGUUCCGGAGCCACCUGCAGGUGGCACCCGAGACCGCCGCGUCGCUGUGUGCUGCGAUCCCCCCAGGAGCCAUGACGGAAUAUAAGCUGGUGGUGGUGGGCGCCGGCGGUGUGGGCAAGAGCGCCCUCACCAUCCAACUCAUCCAGAACCACUUCGUGGACGAGUAUGACCCCACCAUCGAGGACUCCUACCGGAAGCAAGUAGUUAUUGAUGGUGAGACGUGCCUGCUGGACAUUCUGGACACGGCGGGCCAGGAGGAGUACAGCGCCAUGCGGGACCAGUACAUGCGCACCGGCGAAGGCUUCCUCUGCGUGUUUGCCAUCAACACCACCAAGUCCUUCGAAGACAUCCACCAGUACAGGGAGCAGAUCAAGCGAGUGAAGGACUCUGACGACGUGCCCAUGGUGCUGGUGGGGAACAAGUGCGACCUGGCCGCGCGCACCGUGGAGUCUCGGCAGGCGCAGGACCUCGCCCGCAGCUACGGCAUCCCGUACAUCGAGACAUCAGCCAAGACUCGCCAGGGCGUGGAGGAUGCCUUCUACACGCUGGUCCGAGAGAUCCGGCAACACAAGGUGCGGAAGCUGAGCCCACCCGACGAGGGCGGCCCAGGCUGCAUGAGCUGCAAGUGCCUGCUCUCCUGACGUCCCUUCCGUGUCCACCCUGAUACCCCCACUGGCCCUCUGUGCCCCACGAGCACAGGCACGGGUGUGGAGGUGCCGGACGCAGGGAGGAGGCGCGGACGGAGGAAGGAGGAGGGGAAGGAAGGAAGGAAGCGCCACCGGAGCCCAGCCAGCCCAGGCUCUCUGGACAGAGUGACCGCAGACCUCCCAGGAUGCUUUGCACAGACUGCCCGUGAACUGACCCACCGGCACCCCGGCUGUUAUCCUCCUCCCAGCCCUGUCCUGGCCCACUGGGCACAGGCUGAGUUGCAGUAAAUUAUUUGAUGGUCUUGA